AUGCUAGACGAGUGUCCAGAUCAAGACGACAAAAGCGUCCAUGGAUCACGACGUGAGCGUCAAUGGUUCAUUGGAAGAGGAUCGCUCCAGUCCUAUAUUUGGUUGUCGCGAGAGGAGCCAGAACCAGUGCAACCGCAAGGGAGUGCGAUGCGUGCACUUACCCACUUGGCAAUGUGGACGUCGAGAAGUGCCAGCACAACGAGAGCGAUCUGUGUGCCUCAACAGCGCUUGCCAAGAUCAUCGUUCAUACCUGCAUCACAGCGAACGGACAAUCUACCUCUAAGGUACCAUCGCGGCGUAGAAAGACGCGCCACAACCUAG